GGGCGGAGGUCGUGGUUUACAGGGGCGGAGGUCGUGGUUUACAGGGGGCGGAGGUCGUGAUUUACAGGGGGCGGAGGUCGUGGUUUACAGGGGGCGGAGGUCGUGAUUUACAGGGGGCGGAGGUCGUGAUUUACAGGGGCGGAGGUCGUAGUUUACAGGGGGCGGAGGUCGUGAUUUACAGGGGGCGGAGGUCGUGGUUUACAGGGGGCGGAGGUCGUGAUUUACAGGGGCGGAGGUCGUGGUUUACAGGGGGCGGUGGUCGUGGUUUACAGGGGGCGGAGGUCGUGGUUUACAGGGGGCGGAGGUCGCGGUUUACAGGGGGCGGAGGUCGCGGUUUACAGGGGGCGGAGGUCGCUGUUUACAGGGGGCGGUGGUCGUGGUUUACAGGGGGCGGAGGUCUUGGUUUACAGGGGCGGAGGUCGCGGUUUACAGGGGACGGAGGUCGCGGUUUACAGGGGGCGGAGGUCGUGGUUUACAGGGGGCGGAGGUCGUGGUUUACAGGGGACGGAGGUCGUGGUUUACAGGGGGCGGAGGUCGUGGUUUACAGGGGACGGAGGUCGCGGUUUACAGGGGGCGGAGGUCGCGGUUUACAGGGGGCGGAGGUCGCGGUUUACAGGGGGCGGAGGUCGCGGUUUACAGGGGGCGGAGGUCGCGGUUUACAGGGGGCGGAGGUCGCGGUUUACAGGGGGCGGAGCUGCAGGAUCCCGCCGUUCGUGAGAGAGUUCGUGAAGGUGGUAGCGUGGGUCCAGGAUGACGCCUACGUUAUUCAGCCCGGCCUGGAGAGUGGCGGGAAGUACACCAUACUCCACGACGGGUCCCUGCACAUCUACCGGGCGGACCCCAGCGACGGGUACCGGAGCUACCGGUGCCGCGCCAACCACACGCUCACCGGGGACAUCAGCGAGUCCUCCGCCGGCCGGGUCAUCAUCUCCGAGCCCCAUGCGAACGUGGCCCCUAGACUGAGCGUGGACAAGAGGGUGACGGUGACGGUGAGGGCGGGGGAGUGGGCGGUGUUGCCCUGCGCCGCCCAGAGCCACCCCACGCCCACCUACAGGUGGGUGCGGCUUGGUGAGGGCGUGGUGGCGGAUGUGGUGGGCGGGUCCUCACGGUACAGCCUGGUGGGCGGCCUCCUGGUGAUGACGGGCGUGGGCGUGGCCGACCAGGGCCGCUACAUGUGCUUCGUCAACAACAGUGUCGGCCAGGAGACUGUCGAGGCUACCCUCCGUGUCACUGAGCCCCUGAGCGUGCACGUGUCCCCGCGGCGACUGGUGGUGGACAUGGGGAAGACGGCAGAGUUCCGGUGUGUGGUGCAGGGACACCCAAUCACCUCCGUCACCUGGCUCAGGAACGGCAAGUCUCUCCCCCCGGACGGCAGGUUCGUGACGUCACCGCGGGAGGUGCUGACUGUGUCCAAGGUCGGGAAGGAGGACCGGGCCAUGUACCAGUGUGUGGUGGCCGCCCGCCACUACAACGUCCAGGCCGCCGCCCACCUCGCCCUCGGAGACUCGUCACCGGAGCUGCACUACAGGUUCCAGGAGCAGACGCUACAGCCCGGGCCGUCCGUCAGUCUCAAGUGUGUGGCCACCGGCAACCCUCCGCCACAGUUCGUGUGGACCCUGGACGGCUUCCCCCUGCCUGAGAGUGAGAGGUUCCUGGUGGGUCAGUACGUGACGGUGCACGACGACGUCAUCUCGCACGUGAACAUCACCAACGUGCGGGUGGAGGACGGGGGAGAGUACACGUGCGGGGCGGCCAACACGGUGGGCGCUGUCACCCACUCGGCCAAGGUCAACGUGUAUGGCCUCCCCUUCAUCCGGGCCAUGAGGCGCGUGACGGCCGUCGCCGGCUCCGGUCUCAGGGUCAAGUGCCCCGUCGCCGGCUACCCCAUCGACAAGGUCAUCUGGGAGAAGG